UUAACCACUCCCCAUUAGCUCUGUUUACUUCAGGUCUAAAUAAUCUCCUCCUUUCUGCAUAUGGCUGACUCUCAACAUUCCUCUUCUGGUAAAACUUAUGUACAAUCUCCAGGGGAGGUAACAAGUGAAGAACCAAAGCUUAAAUUCUCUGAAGAUGAGGAAUCACUUAUACUUAGGAUGUAUAAUCUGGUUGGGGAGAGGUGGGUUCUAAUUGCUGGAAGAAUCCCUGGUAGAACGGCUGAGGAGAUUGAAGAGUAUUGGAAUACCAGAUAUUCGACAAGCGAAUGAAGAGGAAAAAGGGCGAAAUAUUCGUUACUUCGAGAGAGUCGGUGCCGAUUAUGGCCGACGGAGCAACAUUGAGUGAGUGAAGAAGACGAUAAUGGAUUCAACUGCGUUAGAAAACUGAGAUUUGCCUCUUCUUUGUU